CUCGACGUCGGAGAGGUCCUGGCUGAUCCUUGCCAGUCCUCGUCACGGUAUCAAUCGAACAGCUUGGGUCACGGGACGGUGGUAUUCCCUGUCCCUGUCGGACGAGAUAACUCGAUGCACGUCCGUUGAAAUUCGCGUCUGACCAUCUUGGACCAUCUUGGACGAGCAGACGCUGUCAGUCGAGACGCGACUCCGUGGAAAGAUUCUGUGAUAGACAGUGAUAGACCAGCCAGGACACUGGGGAUGUGUCGGUUGCGCGAGAGUUUCGGGAUCUUAGAAGGUGUGCGAAGCCGAUCCGUCUAGAUCAACGAAUGGUGAGAUCGACGAGGUCACCUGACCCGGAACCGGAUGAUCGAGAGUUUUAACUCUUCUGACUAGAUCGAACUGGUGAUAUCGAACUCUCUAGACCCUGAAAGGAACGAUUGAACUACCUGUGGUGCCGAAAAUCGUCUAUUUCGAGGACCACGUGAUUGGAGGUUGAGUUGUCGAGGAGGUGCUGUGCUUCGUUGUUUGCCACCGGUUGGAGGUGACUCGGCGAUCAUCGAGUAUGAGAACAGUGAUAGUUCCCUGUCAAUGGAACGGCGCGAAGCGAUUGCUACGUCAACAGAGACCGAUUAAAUAGAGAUUCCGUGGGCGAGCGAUCGAUUGGAAGAGGAUCAGAGACAGAGAGCCGAGAUGUCGUCGAAAACACUUCACAAUGAGCACAUCAAACGGCCGAUGAACGCGUUCAUGGUGUGGUCCCGCGGACAGCGACGGAAAAUGGCCCAGGAAAACCCGAAGAUGCACAACUCGGAGAUCUCGAAGAGGCUUGGCGCCGAGUGGAAGCUGCUCAGCGAGAGCGAGAAGCGACCUUUCAUCGACGAAGCCAAACGACUUAGAGCCCUCCACAUGAAGGAGCACCCGGACUACAAGUACCGGCCCCGCAGGAAGCCGAAAUCCCUCGUGAAGAAGGAGAACAAAUUCGGCUUCUCGAUAUCGCCCCUGAUGUCCUCAGGUGAAACCUUAGGCAACAUAUCGAGAGGCCUGUUGCCACCUCUGGCGCCCCCGUCGCAUCACGCGCUGAUGAGCCACGAGGAUCUCAAGAUCCCCCGUUUUUUCCCGCCCUUUCCGUAUCCACUUUACCCCAUCCAGCACAAGCUGGGUGAGGAGUUCAACGGCGGCAAAUUAGCGGCGGAUUUGGCCUUUCAGGCCCUCUACGGGGGCAGCACUUUCUACUCGAGCCAUCAGACCAUGUCCUGGCCGAGUUUAUCGACUGCAGCCUGCCUCCAGCCGAACUGCGGCUGUCCCAGUCCGCCCAAGGACCCGAAGAGGUCUUACCUAGCCACCAAAUUGGAGGAGAGACCGUUCCCGAGUCCUGGAAAACCGGAGGACGACGGUUUCCCAUCGGACAGAGACUCCAGCAGGGAGGAGUCUCGGUACAGAAAGAUGGAGGACGACGGGUUCUCGUCCUCCGUGGACAGACACCACGAGGACAGGUCUCAGGACCGAUUUUCUUCGUCCUCGUCCUCCUCUCCCACCGAACAGACGGAAAAAGUAGCCAGCAGCGGUCCCACGACGACGUCCACGACGUCCACGAAGGUGGAGAGCGCCUUCUCCGUUCAGAAUCUGACCUCAUCCAGCUCGACCUUGGGCGCUCACCGCGGGCACGUCAUAUGAAGACCGCUUCCGGUUCUCCCGGAUCUAAACUUCCGUGGGAACCUGGUACCAGCCGGAUGGCCGACCACGGACUGGUGGAGAGUCCCACCGAUGCUGUCGCCAAUCCCCCAGGCUACCGUCACGAACCUCAACGCUCUGGCGAAGGACGACGACGUCCAGUUCCAGGACGAUCAGCAGAGGACCCCAGUCAGAUCGAGAAACCUGCACAUCGCCAACGUGCAGUGAUCCUUGGCGUUGGAAGGCGUUCGGGGGAAGAGGCCUCCUCGUUCAGUUACAAGUUGCGCGUGGAGAUUGGGGAACGACGUGGAGACUCCAGGAAUGUAGAGUGGACUGGAAGGUAGAGUGGACUUGGUACGAUCGUGUGGACGGAUGUUUUGGACUAGGAGACAGUUGGAAAAGGAAGAUCGAUCCUGGGGGAUGUGAUAAUUAUAGAUCUCUAGCGUCAACCUUGUUAUUGUGAUUUUUCAAAGCUUUGAUAGACCUAGGAAGCAGAGCCGACGUCUUGUUUCUCCACGACGAUAACGUCACAGUUCUGUUUAAUGUCAUCGUUUUGUUACUGUUCUGUUACUGUUACUAUUUUCGGUAGUAGCUCAAAGCUUUGAAAGACCAAGUAGGCAGAGCUGACUAGGCGAGUAGUCGACAUUUACGAUCUGAGCCGAGCUCGAUUCGAUUGAUCGAGCCGAGUCGAGUGUUUGAAAAUUCCGAGCUACUGGAAAUCGACGAACUGUUUGAAAAAGAAUGCGAACUACUCGAAAAAAUCAGACAUCAAGUAGCUCGGAAUUUUCAAACACUCGACUCGGUUCGACAGACCAUUCAUUACUUGACUCGAAAUUCCAACGAAGCUCAAGGUUAGGUCCUGUUCCUCCACGACGAUAAUGUUACAGUUUUGUUUAACGUCAUCAUUGUUACUGUGAUUCUUGGUAGAAACUCGAAGCUGUGAAAGUCACGCGUGAAAGCGAAGAACGCGUUCCUUCGAUUCUUUUCUUGGUCACUUUAGCUUUCCAGAUGAAAACUCUGAGACUCUGCCACUAUAAUAUCGUCCAAUAUCAGUGAUGGGCAAAACCCUAGACUUCGAAUAAAUCUAAAGUUUGUCAACGUAUUUGUCUCGUUUCCUCUUUCGAAUAUUUUCCAAAAAAGGAAACAAGACAAACACAUCGGCAAACUUCAGAUUUAU